UGUGUCCCCAGUGUCCCCAGUGUCCCGGUGUCCCCUGUAACCCCCCCGUGUCCCUGGUGUCCCCGUGUCCCCUUGGCCAUGCCCGAGGCCGUGCACUACAUCCACCUGCAGAACUUCAGCCGCUCGCUGCUGGAGACCCUCAACGGGCAGCGCGUGGCCGGCCAGUUCUGCGACGUCACCGUGCGCAUCCGCGAGGCCUCGCUGCGCGCCCACCGCUGCGUGCUGGCCGCCGGCAGCCCCUUCUUCCACGACAAGCUGCUGCUGGGCCACUCUGCCAUCGAGGUGCCGCCCGUGGUGCCCUCGGCGGCCGUGCGCCAGCUGGUGGAGUUCCUCUACAGCGGCAGCCUGGUGGUGGCUCAGUCCGAGGCGCUGCACAUCCUGACGGCCGCCUCGGUGCUGCAGAUCAAGACGGUCAUCGACGAGUGCACGCAGAUCAUCUCGCAGGGCCGCGGCCCCGCCGCGCUGCCCCCGCCCCACAAAGCGCCGGGGCCGCCGCUGGUGUCGCCGCCGGAGCUCGAGGGGCUCUCGGAGCCGGCGCCCAGCGGCCACAGCCGCAAGCAGCGGCAGCCGCUGCGCCUGGCGCCGGCGCUCAAGGAGGAGCGCGAGGACCUGGAGGAGGAGGAGGAGGAGGAGGAGGAGGAGGGAGAGGAUGAAGAGGGGCCUCAGGAAGGUGUUGUCCCACCAGGUGUGGCCCCCCCACCCUUCCCCACCGCGGACCCCCCGUUUUUUGGCACCCCCGAGGUUUUCCCCGACGCUUUCCUGCCGCCCUGGCCCAGCGACGACGGCGGCGGCGGCGCCUUCGGGCCCGAGCGCGGCCGGGAGGCGCCAGUGGGGGACGGCUUCGGGUUUGGGGCACCCCCAGCUUUGGCACCGCCCUAUGAGGGGGGGAUGGAGGGGGGGACUGUCCCCAUGGCCCCCCCAGCGCCCUCGGCCGGGCCCCACCGCGGCCCCCAGCCCCCCUACCAGUGCAGCCACUGCCAGAAGAGCUUCAGCUCCCGCAAGAACUACACCAAGCACAUGUUCAUCCACUCAGGCGAGAAGCCCCACCAGUGCUCCAUCUGCUGGCGCUCCUUCUCCCUCCGGGACUACCUGCUCAAGCACAUGGUGACGCACACGGGCGUCCGUGCCUUCCAGUGCGGCGUCUGCUGCAAGCGCUUCACCCAGAAGAGCUCCCUCAAUGUCCACAUGCGCACGCACCGCCCCGAGCGUUUCCAGUGCCGCCUCUGCACCAAGGGCUUCUCCCACCGCACCCUCCUGGAGCGCCACGCUGCCACCUCGCACCCCGUGCCCCCGCCGGGGCCGCCGCCGGGGCUACCACCGGGACCGCCGCCGGGGCUACCACCGGGGCUACCACCGGGACCGCCGCCGGGGCCGCCGCUGGGGCCGCCGGCAGAACCUGGACUGGGCACGUGGCCAGGGCCGGACGCUGCAGGUGCUGGUCCCACUCACACGGCGUGA